AUGGAUACUCCAACGAAAUGGAUUGCUUCGAUGAUUGAACGCCUCCUGAGCUCCUAUCUGAAUAAAACUUCGGUCAAAAUCCCUUUUGAGAACGACCAGAGCAACCUCCGCUUCCGGACCGAUGCCAUCAAGAGCGUUCUGGUGAACAGUUGUACGGAAGACCGCCACUUUAACAAGCUCAAUGUGACCGACUCAGAUGCCCAAGUCGAAGCGAUCUUUUCCAGAGAGGCGCUGGAGGACUAUCAGAAGAGAUACCCACAGCAUCCGUUCAGCAAGGCGGAGAUACGAGGAUACCGUGUUCAGCUGGAAGACUUUGAGCUGGUCUUGGAAUAUACCACGGCAACCCCGAAGGUCCAUCUCUAUGUCCAACGUUUCAAGGUAGAAUGGGGCUCGGCCAGGGUCAAGACCCCCGCAAAGGGGAAGACCCUUCGGAAACAUCCGGUUUAUAAGUUGAUGCAAGAUGCGUCCAGAGAUGCCAAGCAAUCUUUGCAGCAUAUCAUGGCGCCUGCCCCUCGAGCCAAGGAUUCGUUCUCUUCGCAGACCCAUCAGUCGUUCCAAAUGCCUGCCUCGCAGAAUGGUUUCAUGUCCCAGGUAUAUCCAGCUCCUCAGGCUCAGGCUACGCAGCGUCCGCCACGCCCGGGCACAAGUGAUAGGGUCUCUACUCUCCUUGCCAUGCUAGAUCAGCGGGUUGGGAUUAAAAGCCCUUCGGAUCAACUGAGUCGCAUACCUCCCCUCCCCCCGAUUCCGAAUCACCAGCACGGGACUGCUGUAACUACAGCAAUGGCAAACAUACCUUCUACCAGGUAUUAUACUGCAGAACAUGCCAGGGCUGAUAUAGACAUCACGCCUUUGCCCUUUACCGUGCUGGGUGCAACCGCGCAACCAGUCCCGCGCCCAUCGAGCAAUCAGUUCCUUCGGAUAGCUUCGCAGCCUCCCGCCACGGACAGCGAAUCCCUGCCCAGAGUAUCAAGGAACUCUGCGCCGCCAAAUGGUCGCUCUGAAGCAGAGCCACAGCCACAGCCAGCAGGAUUGUCUCAGAAACGCGCAGAGAAAAAAACUAGUCCCUCACUGCAGACGGCCCAACAAUCUCACAGGGCGGUAGUUAAUGAGAAGCAGCCGCUGGAGAAACCGGGACUUUGCCUUGAAGACCCCUGGAAGGAUUUACCUCGAAUUGAGGAACGGGAUAUUCGUAUACCCAAGGACCAACAGGAUUUACUAGGGUUACAUAAGCGCCGCUGGAUACCACCUCUACCCGGGGAAAGCAAACCACAAGGCCACGUACCGCCUCGUCUACUUGCUCAGUGGAACACUGUUGUGACGCGAAGAGCCCGCGCCGCUAGCGAAAGGUCACCGGAACAAGCAACACCGGAAUCGCCUCCGUCCGAAAGGCCUCCACUUGAUCCUCCCAGCCCCACACCUCGAGCCGAUUCAGACUCAGAAGGCGAGCCUCUGACGUCGCAGUGGUCAGAAAGCUCCCCGGAACAGACUAUACGUCGACGUCCAGCCCUGCCUGAAGAUAGUAGCCCUAUAAGAGGGAGCCCGCGCAGGCUAGGGCGAAAUGUACCGUUGGCAGAUAGACCCGAAGUGCAAGCGGAACGUAUGGCCGAAGAGUCUAUUCCGGAAUUCCGUCAGCGUGUUCUAAGCACGGGGUCUGAGAAGUCAGGGGGCGUUGCUGGUCGGGCCAAAACAGGUAUCCAUCCUGCUCGGCGAAGCAUCACAGUUCGAGACCAUAGUCUACGAGAUGACUCGGAUGGAGACAGUGAUGACUCCAUGAUGGACACCUCUGUGCCUUGUCCACUCGGAGUCGAACUAUCUCAGUCGCAGUUUGUCAGUCAGUCGGAGCGGGAUAUAACCAGCUCAGGCCCGUCUCUUCCUGCGCCUGCUACACAGGAUCAGGUGCAGGUUCUGGACACCCCCGAGACCAACUUGAGACGGUUCCGCCAUUCUCAGCCCGAACUGAGUAGCAAAGCCCCGCAAGUGCAGGCCCCUAGUACCCAGUCACCCAGUGUAGACAAAUCUUCAUCUCAGUCACGAAUUCUGAAUUCAGUCGGGAGUAGCACCAACAAGGGAUCUUCUUCACAAAGUCUUCCACAUGAUCGAUCCCAGGGCACUAACGCGGAAAUUCGAGUGGACAUUGUUGGGACACAGAUGAAUAGUCGGGACCUACCAACGCAGGACCCAACGCCCUGUUCUACCGCAGAUGUGGUUCUAGAUUCAAGUGCCCCGAGACUGCGUGAAGCGAGUGUGAUUAUGGGAGUCGUACUGCCCUCAUCUCUGCCGCUCGAGACCGAUGGUCAAAAAGAAGCUAGCUCCGAUUUUCUGGCACAGAGAUCGUCAAACCGGCAUUCCGUGGGAGUGGUCUCGAAACGUCCUGCGUCUGCUCUUGAAAACGAGGCAUGUGGCCCAUCCAAACGACCUCGAACGCAGCCGCCUGAAACAGCGCCUGAACCAGCUUCCAGCGCAUUGCAUCAACAGAGUCCCCGCAAUCCCGCUGAUAGCUGGGAAGCUCAUCAGACUUAUGGGAAGUUCUGUCGUAAUUAUCCAAACUAUAGUGGCGACUUUCAUCACUUCUCCAAGCUCUGCUAUAAGCUUCAGGCUGUGCGAGCUAAGGGCCACCUGCAACGGUCGUUCUUAUGGGAUGACUUCAUUAUCAAGCAUCCGGAAGAUUUUCCUGGCUAUAUACAGCACAGCCAGGCAUCGGAAUCAAAGUCCAUGGAUUACGAAGACUAUUUUGCAGCUACUUUUUCCCGACCUGUAUACAAGAAGCGAAGCCUGACAGCGCAGGGUAUCGCGAUUGCAGCAGCACAGUAUGACCCAGCCAACGAGGACCAUGUGCCUGCUCCUGUACCUGCCUCGCCACCUAGGCUAGACACAUCGUUUACUGGCAGUCUUGUGGACCGCUUCACUAACCUGAAAGCUGACUCUUUCGAGCCAGGGAGUCAGGCCACCUUGUCCGACACUGACAUGGAUAUAUCGUCUGUAAUGUCGUCACCCACUCCCCAUCGCCAGCCUCAAUCUGUCGCCCAGGCCGGGAAUUGGAAUAUGACACGCCAUACAGAGCAAAAGCACACUGAGGAAGAUGCGUCUUCUGACCUUGCCUCAGCAGAGCGGCUUGUAAUACCUACGAGCUCAGCCAGCGCUUACGAGUCUGCCCUGGAAUAUGCCCCCAUGCACGAUGGGAUUACCGCUUUCGAGAAAGAGAAUGCUUCAGAGUCUAGUGGUUUAGAAAGUGGGGAGAUAUCUGAGGCAGCGACACCAACUCCAGGCAACCAAGUUUCAGCAUUUGAGACUGCGCAGCACGAACAGCACAUUAAGGAGCAUUACAUAGAUGAUCGAGAUACCACUCCAACACCCGCGGAACCAGUUACCGUGGUUGAGUCCGAGCAGCACGCUUCGCAAGUCGAAGACAGUUUGAUUGCUGAUCGUGACGAUACUCCGACAUCUGCGGGACCGAUCACAGUGGCUGAAUCCGAGCAGCACGCUUCGCAAGUCGAGGACACCUUGAUGGCCGAUAGCGGCGCCACUCUAAUACUAGCGGAGCUAGUCCCUGUGGCUGAGCCCGAGCAGCAUGCUUCGCAAGUCGAGGGCAGUUUGAUGGCUGAUUGUGACGCCGCUCCAAUACCAGCGGAGCUAAUCCUCGCUGUUCAGUCUCAGCAUGAAUCGCAAACUAAGGAUCGCACUGUGACUGAUCAAACAGCUGAGACGACAGUGUCCGAGCAUGUGGGAAUCAGCCAAGUAAACGAGCUUGAAGACAGCCAAGAUGUCUCAAUGGGCGAGUUGGAAAGCCCAGAUGAAUCGAUCUUGGAAGAUGCUGACAUUAUGGCUGGCCAAGAGUCGGAAUCGGUGGUCCCAGAAGAACACCCGGAAGUGAUCAGUGCAAGGAACGCAGCACUGUCCUCCGUGCUUGAGGCGCAUGCCAACGUACCUGUUGAAGAUGCCCACACUGCCGUCGAUCAGGGGGUGGAAGAAGUGGACACAGCAGAACACCCGCCAUCAUUGAUUGCAGCUAAGGAAGUCACUCUGGAAGAACAGAACGAGUCGAUCGUGGAAGACUUUCAUGACACAGUUGGCCAGGAAGCCGAGGAUAUGGACUCAGCGGAGCACCUCCAACCCGUCGCUGCAGCGGACCAAGCAGGGCCCACCACCGUGGGGGAACAAGAUCAGUCUCAGGCCCACGACACACCUGACGAAGAAAGCCAAGAUGUCGAUAUGACAGUAGAAAGUCAAGAGUCGUCGAAUACAAACACGCAAGACUCUGUUGGCCAAGGAACUACGCUAUUGGACGUAGCAGAACAGCCACAGGCCAUUCUUGCAGACAAGGCUGGGUCUCACGAACCAGAAGAGCAUAAUGAGUCAACGGGGCAAAGCUUACACGAUACCACUUACAUGGAGGUCGAAAGAGUUGGUUCAGCGAAGCACUUGCCGUCUGAUGCAGCAGGGGAGCUAAAUAACUCCGAGGCGGAAGAACACGAUGCGUCGAUAAAUCAAGACACUCCUGCCGUUGAUCACAGAAGUGGGGCCUCCGAAGGACGGGGAGAACACGACCAAUCGGUCAUCCAGGACAUCCAGAACUCAUUUGAUCAGGAAAACGGAGAAAAGGACUCAGCAGCUACCUCACAUUCUGUUGUUGCAGAGUAUAGGGCAGAGCCCGCCCAGCCGGAAGUGCAAGAAGUGCCCUUUGCCGGAGGCACCAGUGAUGUGCCUGCUCAAGAGACGAGUGCGAUGAAUUCGGCUGAGCGAGACGCUGUUGUUGCAGGAGACGAAACAGUAUCUGCCAAACAACAAUCGGAGCCCUCGGACGCGGAGACUGGGAGCGCUGACGAGGAGCCGCGCUAUGUCAUGGUUGCGGCCGAACUACGAUCCGUCAGAAAUGGUUCAGUUAAGUCAGAAGGGCCCUUCGAUGCUAAUGUGGAGAGCGAUGUUGAGCAACUGCACUCUGGUCUUGCAGGGGAUGAAGCCAGCGCUCCCGACCAAGCUUUGCCAGUUCCAGCAGAGCACUCCGACACUGAUAUGGACAGCGAUACCGAGCUUCUGCCCUAUGUCCUGGCGGAGCACGCCGCCGGCUCGGCCGAACACGCACUAGUAGAACCGGCCGAGCACUCGGAUAUUGUCAUGGAGAGCGAAGUGGAGCUUCUGCUCUUUGACGCUACAGAGGAUAGAGCCAGCUCUACUGAGCAAGCACCAGUAUCUCCAGAAAUGCACUCCGACCCCGAAAAUGCGGGUCCGGCCGAUCCCAACGCGACGACCGCGUCCGAGUCCGAGGAGGAUGAGGAAAACGAUGACUUCAUGGGCAUCGAGGAACACCACGAGACCGCCAGCAUCGAACUCGGCGAAGAACCGCUGUCCCCGCCGCCCGCUCCUCAACCGCAAGCGCAGCCCGAGACCACAUCCGAGGUAGAGAGUGACACUGAUGAUGACAUGAACGAGAACUGGUUCCUGUCCCUUCGCCAUCUCCGUCCGACAGGACCAGUCUGGUCGGAUGACCCCAAUACCCCCUUCAAGCAGUGGGUUCGAGCCGACCAAGCGAUUCUAAGUGAGCGUGACCGCCGCGGCGGGGCGUACCUUCCUGUGGAUGCGAAGGGGGUGAUUCAACGGCCGGACUAUCGAUGACUUCUCAUUUUUUGUGGCUGGUAUUUCCUACUCUUCUAUAUCUUACUCUCCUCUUUAUCUCGGUGCAUAUUAUUACGUGGGACUUAUUUGUUAUUUUGCUGAUCAAAAGCGGGCGACAUGAGUUGGAUGAUUAUCCUCGGAUUCGAUGAGAUGAGAGCGGUUCAGGUUCGGAUAAUGAAUCCAGGUUUAUGACUACUACAUCUUGU